GACAGUUCGCGUAUAGCGUUAAGGCGCUUAGAUUUCUAUCUCGUUAAGCGGGAAGUGAAAUAUAAUAGAAGUCAAGACGGACAGGUUCAAAUUUUCAAAGUGAGAGUGAGUGUGGAAUUUUCGAAAGGAAGUUAAGGAUUCCAGACGCUGAAUAAACUCCCACAAAGGAACAUAAAGUGAAAUUGUAAAAACCAAAGGAUAUAUAUAUGUAAAUAUAUAUAAUUCCAGAAGAAACAAAUUUAACUUAAGAUAUAAAAAGGACUUUAAAACUAGUUCUAAGAUAACAUAAUCGAAUUACGAAUAUUAUUGAAUUACUUAAAAUAAAUUAACAAAAAAUAAAAUUGUCAAAAUGUUACAAGUGAAGCUUUAUCAAGUGCUGGUGCUAUUCACACUACUUUGCUGCGCAGUUAGCACAGUGAAAAAAGUGGGUCCUAACAGCGACCAAUACCAACUAAUGCAGCGUUCGUCAAUACUUUUCGGCCUGACGGUCAUCAGUCGUUCGAAUAUGGUGAGCCACAACUGCUAUACGCAACUCCAGGAAGUACAGAAGGCUAUACUAAUGCAACAGCCCUGGGCCAUGAAGAUGUAUGAUUCGUCCGGAUUUAAAGAGCCUGGAUUCAUAAUGGGCAAUGGCCUCUGGAUAGGCAGUCGUGACACCUGUAAUGCUGUAAAAACACCCGUCAAUCUUAAAUUAUCCACACAUAUACCACAUAAAAUGAAUCCGAAAAUAAUGACAGAUACGGCGCCAUUUUCUACGGACUACCGUGUCGUCAAUUUGUACCACAAUUCCACAUGGCAAAUGGAUCCAGUAUAUCUGUUCUAUGAACCGCGAAUAAGUAUCGGUCUAUGUUUGCCAAGCGCUUGCACAAUAGCCGAGAUCGGUCAACUAAUGGCCACCUACGUCGAGGAUGAUCUAUUUGUGUCGACUGAUAUUUAUGAUAUGCGAAUGCGUGUUGAAAGUGUGAAGGAUUUAAAAUUACGUGCAGGCUUUUUUACAAGACCUUCGACGAUGAUUUUUAUCGGUUUCUGUUUACUGACAUUGCUGCUGACAUUUCUAGCUUUGGGGCAACGUAUAAAGCGUAAUAGCGAAACGGUUGAGGUGGUUGCAAAUGGAACGAAGUCAACGAACGAUGAUUUAAAAACGAUGAGUCAAACUAGUACGAAAUUUUCUUAUAAUAGAUUUAUUGAAUGUUUUGAUGUUCAGAACAAUUGGGAAUUACUUUUCCCCUCGGACCCGUCUGCUGCUCUAGCUGACACAAACGCUUUUCCGGCGGUGAAUGGUUUACGGUUUUAUGGUGCAAUGGUCGUGAUGUUAUUCCAUCUACAGUGCUGCAGUUACUUGGAAUCAAGUAAUAAAUCAGUGCAUUACAAAUUAAUGAUUGAUAUUGGAAAUUUCGACAUUUUCGUGGAUUUGUUUUUUACAAUAUUAGGUAAGAGCGAUGACGGCUUUUUGCAAACAUACCACUUUUUCCGAGACACCAUAACUAUUGAGAUCAUACGAAAUAAUAGUGUAAUGAAGAAUACCAAAAGGGUUUUUAUGUACAUAAUGCACCGUUUAAUUAGAUUGGGUCCUUUGUACUACCUUGCUAUCUGCUUCGCCGAUGCUGGAACGCUUCUGAUGGACGAUAUAUCCGUUUUCCACUUUAGCCAUCGUAUAUAUGCUAACUGCGAGUUAUAUUGGUGGCGCAGUGCUCUCUUCAUACAAAAUUUCUUUAACCACGAUGAUAUGUGCGUGUAUUGGACUUGGUCAUCAGCUUGUGAUAUGCAAUUUUACAUCUUCAGUAUAAUUCUACUCUUCAUCUAUGUAAAACACCCCAAAACGGGCAAAGCUCUCACUCUCGCCACUGUAGCAGCAAAUUUGGUUUAUACCAUCUACACCGCCAUCACAAUGAAUUAUAAAUAUUCCUUUGAGACCACAUCGGUGCUAUUCACGGAGCUCUAUAUGAAUCCGAUAUCACGUGUCCUGGCCUACGUAAUUGGCGGCGUGGCUGGCCUGCUUUUCGUACAAAAACAACAGAAGCAAUUCUACGCGCAUUUCUUUCAAGAGUUUCUCGCUUAUUUGGCGAUCAUUUGCUUCUUUACUAUCAAUUUCUUCAGAAUAUCAGGAGGUUACUCAGUAGGUUUCUAUGUGGUAUUGUUGAUCGUUCAACGAGUGUUAUUUUCGUCGAGUGUUUGUUUCCUUAUAUUCGCAAAUGCGGCGGGUAGUGUGAAGUGGUUCUUUGGCAUAUUGGAGAAUCCAAUCUUCAAGAAAUUCAAUCAAAUUGCUUAUGCUCUGUUCCUGUUAAAUCCAUUUCCCAUUGCGGUGCUAGUUAGCUCGAAUAAUGCAAGUCGCUAUGCCAGUCCAUAUAAUUUAGUAAUCGAAUACAUAGGCAUUUGCGCGGUACUAUACUUACUCGGUGCAACUUUCGCCUUAUUUUUCGAAGUACCCUAUAAGAAUAUAUCUAAAAUAUUGGUCCGCCGCACCAAAACAAAGACGAAUUAAGCAAAGUUUACUAGCGCGAACUGAGAUGGAACUAAAUCUAAGAGUAUAAAUGCAUUUAUUGUAACAACUAAGACAUUUUAUGCAAAAAAAAUAUGUAUACAUUCAUAUUUAAGACAAUUUAAAGAAAAAUACAACUUAGGUUUACCAUAGAUUAGAA